AUGAGCCGAAACCUUGUUAGGGGUCUCCAGACUACGACCAGAAUGCUGAUUCAGUUCGUUGGUGGUGUCAGCCCAGAUGAUAUCCUCGUCAGUAAUGGACUCACAGGACCAGCGUGGGAAAGGUCCGCCAGGAGAGUGACAGAUGCCAUAGAGAAAGCCGAUCCAAGAAUUACUGUUGCCAUAAUUCAGGGUGCUAGGGCUCACUUUUCGUCCAAAGACAAGAGUGACCAUGAGAUGGUCAUCACUAUAGGGCUCGCUGCCACUGCUGGAAUGCAAAUUGGCUUUGUACACGUGCACGUCAUUGGGAUCUUCAAAUUCUUUCCUUCGCUUGCUGGAAGACAAGGUGGAUAUGAUGCAAAUAUCGCACGUGCUCAAAUUGAGGUUCAUAUCAACAAUUCAGAAAGCAAUCCCACCAACGAGGGAAGUGACAACAGCAAACCCAGCCAGGACUGA